UCAGUUUGGAAAUUUCAUCUUUUUCCGGCUUCUUCCCCCCUUUCCCAGUCAAUCACAUCAUCAUCUGUAAAUAACAAGUGGAUUGUGGAUUAUAAAAGCUUGUUACUUGUGGGUUUCUUCUUCAUUGGCUCAUUGCGUCGUCUUCUCCAAGUCCCAAUUGUGUGAAUUACCCUCUAAUAUCAAAGACAAACGACACCAUUUUUAAGAAAGAUUAAUUCCCACUUUCCCAGUUAUCUGGGAGCAAAGAGCCAAAGAAAUCAUGAAAUCUGCAGCACCCCUUUUCAGCUUAGUAAUUUUGGCCAUUGUCUUUCUCCCUGUAGCUCAUUCUCUCCCCUUCAUUGUACUCCAUGGAAUUGGAGAUAAAUGCACAAAUCGUGGAAUGAAGCAGUUUACUAAGAGCUUAAGUGAGUGGUCAGGAUCAGAAGGAUAUUGUGUUGAAAUUGGUGCUGGAUCCUGGGAUUCCUGGUUUACGCCUCUUGAUGAUCAGACACAAGUUGUUUGUGACAAGGUGAAGAAAAUGAAAAAAUUGAGAAAUGGUUACAACAUAGUUGGUCUAUCCCAGGGCAACUUGAUUGGGAGAGGCGUUGUGGAGUAUUGUGAAGGAGGGCCACCGGUUAAGAAUUUUGUCUCAUUAGGGGGGCCUCAUGCUGGCAUUGCUUCUGUUCCCCUUUGUGGUACUGGUAUUUUCUGUGUGCUUGCAGAUUCACUUAUCAAGUCUGAGAUUUAUACAGAUUAUAUUCAGGCUCAUUUGGCUCCCAGUGGUUAUCUUAAAAUCCCAAAUAAUAUGGAUGGCUACUUAGAGAAGUGUAGGUUCUUACCAAAACUUAACAAUGAAAUUCCCGAGGAAAGAAAUUCAACUUACAAGAAACGUUUCAGCAGCUUAGAAAAUCUGGUGCUGAUUAUGUUCGAGCAUGACACAGUUCUGGUACCUAAAGAAACCUCAUGGUUUGGAUACUAUCCAGAUGGCGCUUUUAGUCCUUUGCUACCUCCUCAGGAAACGAAGCUUUACACAGAAGAUUGGAUUGGUUUAAAGACUCUUGAUGUUGCUGGUAAAGUUAAGUUUGUUAGUGUAGCUGGGAAUCAUCUCGGAAUCUCAGAUGAUGAUAUGAAGAAACACAUAGUCCCCUACUUGAAGAGCCAAUCCAACAAGUUCUACAACUAUAAGAUGAAGUACGUGCAUGGAUUCCCUAUAAUGAGGCUGAAAUCUUCAAAAUGACGGUUCAUGAGUUCAUCCAUAUACAACUGGCCAUUGUCAAACACUGAUUUCUUUGGGGAGGAUUUGGGGGCUUGAAUCAUAGUAUGACUCAAUUCCUUUACCAUUGAAUUGCAAUAUUCUGUGUAUAAUUAUUGAAACUGAAUGUAUGAUGGAGAUCCUAAUUGGUUACUCAACCACGCGUCCACGCGGGAGAAAUAUGAAUAUUAUGAAUAUUAUCUUCCCCUCAAUUAACAAGUUAUAUGUAUAUAUAUUAGCUAACCCUUUUCACUAUA